UGAGAGAGCGACCAAGCAUCAAACCAAAACAAAACCCUUUCUUAACUCUUCUUCUCCCUUUCCCUUCGCCAUCUAUCUCCCCCGCCGCAUCCUCACCAGACUCUCCCCGCACCGCCGCCCUCCUCCUCCACCCCCGGAGCCGGAGCCGGAGCAUACCUACCUUGACGGCUUUCCCCGGCUUGCCGCGCAAGGUUACCUCUCUCUCUCCCUCUCUCGGUAUUUGAUGAUGAUGCGAAGCGUGUUCAACUUUUGAAAAUCCUCUCUCGUUUCGCUGGUUCAAUUGAAAGCUUGUUCGCAUGCUUUGUUGAAAGUUGAGGUUCCUCUCCUCUUCAGAGGAGAAGAUGUGUCGCCUGGACUCAAGAAAGGUGUGGCUUAACCAUACAAGCUUUUAACAUGCUUCCAGUGGGGUGCCUUGAUGGUGGAAGAGCAGUGCAGAAAAAGAUUUCCCGUUGCCGCCCCCAGCCAGAGUGUGCUUCUUCGCUUUCGCCAAUGACCAACUUCGCGUAGUGACCAUUCCUCCGUUGAAUCUCUCGUUAGCCCUUCCUUCUCCGCCACCCGCUUCAUAGCGCAAACAUCGUCUCACUCCUUUUUGUAAUUGAUGCGAGAUUCUUUGUUCCAUUUCCCCCUUUCAGCCAACUUCACCUUUAUUGGCUCCACCGUUGCUACAACCUCAACCUUUUCAUCCUUUCCAACAACAUCAAACAUAUUUCCAUGGAAGCCCAACAGAUUCUUCCUAGAUUUUGUCCAAAAUCAUCGUUAGCUCCAUCAGUUCCACUUGUGAAACAAUCAUUCUCUUUGAUGUGCCCUCCUUUGCCUUCUUCAUCUUCAUACCCUUCCGUUCAGUCUGGAGCUUUUCCUGCUAUCAGCAUUGUGCGCAGAGAAGUGUGUUCUAGCUCUUGGAGAAGAGUGUGGUGUAGCAGUAGUAGUGGUGCAGAACCAAAGGAGGGCCAUGAGGUGACAGUGAGAAGGAAAAAGCUAGCAGUUUUUGUGUCCGGUGGAGGAUCCAACUUUAGAUCAAUUCAUGAGGCCUCCAAAAGGGGUUCACUUCAUGGAGAUGUUCUUGUAUUGGUCACAAAUAAAAGUGAGUGUGGUGGUGCGGAGUAUGCAAGAAAUAAUGGUAUCCCAGUUAUAUUGUUCCCUAAAGCAAAGGAUGAAUCCAAUGGAUUAUCUCCCGCCGACCUUGUUGAUACACUAAGGAAAUUCGAGGUCGAUUUUAUUCUUUUAGCUGGAUACCUCAAACUUAUACCAGCAGAAUUGAUCCGAGCUUAUCAAAAAUCUAUAUUGAACAUUCAUCCGUCACUUCUUCCAGCUUUUGGAGGCAUGGGCUAUUAUGGCAUGAAGGUUCAUAAAGCAGUAAUUGCUUCUGGAGCAAGAUUUUCAGGUCCCACAAUUCAUUUUGUUGAUGAACACUAUGACACAGGGCGUAUCCUUGCCCAGCGUGUGGUCCCUGUUCUUGCCAAUGAUACUGCAGAGGAGUUGGCUGCAAGGGUUCUCAAUGAGGAGCACCAAUUAUAUGUGGAGGUAGUGGAGGCUGUAUGUGAAGAGCGUGUGGUUUGGAGGACAGAUGGUGUUCCUCUCAUCCAAACCAAAGAAAACCCCAAUGAGUUUCGCUGAUUAUCUUUGAUAUGGGGAUUUUGGUUGGAGAUUUUGCUUAUGCAAUCUUCACAUUUGCCCCAAAUCUGUAGCUAUUGAAUUGUAAUUAUUAGGCAGGUAAUUUCCGGUGGCACUCAUGUCACAUCUCCUCCAAGAAUAUAAUAAGCAGGUAAUCUCAAACUUUUCUGCACAAACUGUUAAUAUGCUCAGUGGAUUUUGAUACCGGGUUGCUGAGCAUACUUUUGGAGUCCUUCAUUCCCCACACAAAAUUCCAUUAACAUAUCAUGAUUUUGCUCCUUAAUAAAGAAAUUAUCUACUAUACUAUCUGGAUAAGAAAUUUGAUGUGCCAUACAACAUUUCUUAGUUUAUAAAUAGAGUUUGUAGAGCAAACGGAACUGUCAACGAAUGCCAAAGCUGCUACUGCUAUUCUCCCCGUCUUUUGCUAUUUCCUAUUUUUUUUAACAUUUUAUUAGUAGUGGUACGAACUUUGAAGUAUUUAUUGCCAAAGAUCAUGAGCCUAUAUAAGGUUGAUAUUUUUCUUCCAAGAGUGUAUUCCAAACUUAAGGUUAAGAUUCAAAUUUUGGACAACUUUA